AGCCGUAGUGAAGUGAAUUCCUUUUAGGCUGUUAGAUAUUUUUCUGCUUUCAGUAACAAAGCGAUAGACAAUUAACUUGUCAGAAAAAGGCUUUUUGUGAGGAUUUGUCACAAAGAGUUUGUUGAGACAAGAAUCUCAUUAGCAACCAUUUUUGUAAAAUAUAUCCAAGAAAAAGUUCUUAGUUGUACUUCUUGCUAGGGAAGGGAUACAACAAAAACAAAUUAGCAGGGUAAGGCCUUUUCUAUCAAAAAAAAAAGAGAAAAGUUGUCAAAUUUCGCGUUAAGUAGACACUCAAUAAAAUCAAAAAGAAAUCAUAAAAGGAUACGAGGUAUUUUUAAUUUUCCUUUCCAUUUCCUUUUUUAUAUUGUUUACACCCACAGCUGAAGAAAUCCUUGUUGCUUCACUAGAAUUAGGUUUCAAAUAAAUUUUUCAAGGCGCAUUUUUUGAUUUAUUUUCAUAUUCUUCUUCUCAUUUCGUAGUAUAUAUAUUUUUUGAAAAAUUAGCUUUUCUUUGGGUAAGCAAGGAAGAUUGACUUGGAUUCCUUGAGUUACACUUUCCCCUUUAAACCAGAAGGGCCAGGGAUAUUGACACACACACAACAGAGUGUAUAGUCUUUUAAUUGCUUGUCACAAAUUUCAACUGUCGAAGAGCGAGAUAGCUGUAUUAAUUUUAUAUAUUGUACGAUAUUCCCGCGUUUGGUGCACAAGAGCGCGCAUAUCCAUUAUACGUUACUUGAUCUUCAACAGACUCUUUCAUGGAAGAGUCGGGAGCAAGUGCGAUUGGUUUACACUCAAAACUACCUAAUGGUUUGGUAGAGGGAGAUCCUGCUGAGCUGAGAAGCCCUACCAGCCUAAGAAGGGGCUUAAGUCACACAUUGUCCACAUCGGCCGCACUUAAGCUUACACUAGCAAACCAUCACCCCCCCUUCACCACUUUAGCAUCGCAGAAUGAAGUAAAGGAAAUACCUAAUACUAUUAGUAGUAGUUACAAUAACAAUGGUCCUGAUAGUAUUGAUUUAGGUAAAAGAGGAUGGAGUUCGGAUUUGCGUGAUAACGCAGCACAUUUUGGAACAAGUGAUAUUUCAACUGUUCGUGAUUCAUGCGCCUCAACUGGUGUAGCCCCACCCAAGCAGCGCAGUUCUCCCGGAACUCUUCUUUCUCAGGACUCUUUGCUAACCUCUACUGCAGCUGUUGGUGCGCAUGGUUCAGGGGGGAUGCAUUAUAAUAGUCAACCACAAUCUAAAAAUAGUUCCACCUCAAACCUUAACAACGACGUUUGGCAGAACCACCAUCAGUUAUGUCAGACAUCUUCAGGAUGUGUGGAGACUAGAAGACCAUCUUCAAGUAGUCAAAGAGUGAUAGGAUAUCCAUCACCACAGAGCCAAAUAGGUGUUGUUCAUCACCACUACCGCUACCAGAAGCAUCAUAAACAUCAUUAUCAUCAGUACCAAGAAUAUUACCAUCAUCAUCAUCAUCAUCACCAUUUUUAUCAGCAUCCUAUGGGUACUCAGGGGGCUUCCGCACCUGCGAUGUUGUAUGAAGAAUUUGGAAAUUAUCCCCAUCGACAGCAGCAACAAAUGCUGUAUUGUCAAAACAUCUCACAGCUACCGAUGCAGAAUUAUCAUCGCCAUCAAUAUCACCAUCGUCAACAUCAACAAUUCACUGGAGUGAGUUCAGGCUACCUGUCUCACCCAGAAUAUACGGACCCCUUUUAUGCACCUGCAGCGCCCAUCGUUAGCGCUAAACCGAGUUUUAAUACCAACUGCUACGCAGAUCCCAGGGGGAUGGUCUCAUCUGAGACGUACUAUCAACCUCCCUAUUACCAUUUUCCUAAUUACCCCAGUCAGGAGGUGAUGUUAACAGCUGCUUCAACGACUCCUCAGAAUUGUGAGGACAGUUCCUCUGCGGGUGGGUUUAUUGGAGGCAUUAAUUCCUCAAAUGUUAAUCCGGCUUCUUACUUCCAUUUCCCUGCCGUGGUACCACCCGCUGCCGCAUUACCAUCGGCGAAUGUGCAGCUAAGGGGUUAUCGACCAUUCUAUUCUCAGGGCUACGGAAUGCACCCGACGCCGCCACCUAUCAACAACUCUAUGCAACCGUAUCCACGAGAUUAUCAUCUUGGACAACCAGAGUUUAAUGCGAUGCAGCAGGGUGGAGUGUCACCGUAUUUGCUGCAAAAUCAUUCUCAAAUGAUGCAGUUUUCUGGAGGUGGUGCCUACAUGUCUUUCCCAUGCCGAUCGAUCCUAGGUCGCAAAACAAGUACAAAUGGAGGAUAUGUGAGCGAUACACCUGUUGUGGCAGGCCCCAAUAAAAGUGAUCUAAAAAAAAAUUAUGACAACGCCGAGGGAAGCGAAGCUUACACAUCUCAUAAGCGCAGCAGGGAGAUGGAGAUGAAUAUUCGUGAUGCUAAUUCCGAGGAUAGGCACAGUACGAAUGGAUUAAGCGCAAUGACAUUAAAGGGUGAUAGGUGCGUGAAUAUGAGUGUUCCCACCGUAGAUGUUGACAGUAUCAGUAACUAUCAGAAUUCACCUUUCCAGCAACAUCUACAUGGACACCGCCAUAAGGAGGCCUAUCUGUACCAACACAGGGCCACACACAAUGGGUCAGACCUGAGAGAAGCCCCGGCUGAGGCUCGCGAGGACACACCUCCUUCCGUUUCGGAAAUUUCCUAUGAUCGACAAUCGGGCCCCACGCGUUCGGUCUCCAUGGCGUCGAAUUUUAUCCAAAAUCAUCCCCGUGUUGAUACCACAGUCCAAGUGGCUGAGCUACCUAACUGUAAGCUGCCACCAGCAUUACAUGGGAAGACGGCACCGGGGGCUGUGGCGACCCAUCCCCUUAACGAAGUGAGUUUGUCUACUACACCAACUGGGGCAGUCCACUACGAGGAACAGUUAGCAAGGGAUAUUAAAUCGCAUAGUUCUCAGCAUCAACAACCUUUUGUACCCAUCAGCACUGGCCUUGAGAUUGCGACAGAAGAAGGUGUUAGACCGCAAGAUCAGCCCCCCAAUCUAGUCACUGAACCUCAAUUUGUGAUCGCGUCCAAUUCACCUUCAGGUCAUCUGGCGGGUGUAAACUUAGAGAGAUGGGAUACUGAAGGGGGAUCCAAACCAGCAACCGCGAAUACGACUCCAGUGCGUCAUCCACCGUGCUACACAAAUGCUAUGGAUCGCUAUUGGAAUUCCUUUUCGCCUGCUCAAGCCUUGACAUUGGAUUCUAGCGCGUUUCCAACUUCAACCAGCGCCAGUACUCCGCAGGGAUUACCCAUUAAUUACGAGUCUUCUAUGCAUCCACCACCGUCUUCGCAUCAGUCUCCUGCGAUGUAUGGAGCUGGCGGUGUUCGGACUUUUAAACCCAAUUCAUCCUAUUCGCACCUCAACACGCUGCAUUCGUACAGGGAGGAGAUGGGCAUCUCUAGACAGGCGUGCGGGCACCACCCGAAAAUGGGUCCAGGGGCUGUUCCCACGAUGGUCUCUGCCCCUGCACUGAGCCAGCCACCGCCGUUUGGGACGUUAGUUAGUGGGGAAGCUGCGGGCGGUGCCGCGGUAUUUCCACUUUCUCCUACAUUAAUUGACAGCGGCAUUUCAUUUAAUACCCCAUCCUGCCGACAUUUGGAUGCCGAUGGAUUGGGUUUAGGUUCAGGAUAUCCUAUCCCGGUCGCUACUUUUCCAGGUAAUAGCAAGCGGCCAUUUAACAGCAAUGUCCCUCAGCAGCAACAACGGUACCCACAACAAUACUCGUACCAGCAGUCUCAAUUAACACAAUGCCCAUUCUCGUCACCGAAACCCCCUGCAUUAGGCAUUCCUUCUCAAGUGGAGCGCGAUGACAUUAACAAUACAAACAACAGCUUUGGAAAUCUACGUGGUGGGACGCAGAUCUGCGUUUCUUCUAAGAUGCCGGAUCAUUUUAUAUAUGGCGGGACUCCUGUAUCGCCGAUGACUGGUACUGGAAGUCAUCUUAAACCUAAUCUAUCCAGCGACAUUAACGUCGACGCCAACACAGCUCCCAGCGCUCAUUUCCCCAUACCCGGCGGUAAUUAUUCACGCCGCGCUCACAUUUCAUGCCAUCCUCAGCAGCAGCGUGGUAACUCAAACUACGUCUACCCCAAUGGUAUACCUUCUUUGCUUUACGAGCACUACGUUGAAACUACGCAGGAAACAUGGAUUGAGGAGCUUGAUGCUGAUGCUUCCUUUGAUCCUUCGCUGUACGGCAACAUUACUUGCCUUGUUGACUCUUUUUCACCAAGGGUGCCAAUUGCGUACAACUUAGAGUUGCCUUUCCAGGAUGACGUGAAUUUGUCGUCGCCGCGGUUGAAGUCUACAUCGUCGUCUGAUUCUAUUCCUUCAGCCAGCUCACUUAUAAAUGGGGAUACCAAUAAGGUAGAGCGCCAGGAUCCGUCAGCUCUUCCGCAUGGUCGCGCAGAAGCUGUCAACAGUACUGUACCGGUUUCCAACACGGAAUCACAGAGUGCUAAUGGUAUAAAUUCAACUAUUAAAAAUAAUUUUAAAAAACCUAUGGAUGGGAAUUCAUGCUCAAUUUCGCAUUCUCAUAAUACACAUCAUAAUGAUAUGGAGUCAUCUAGCAGUGAAAGUUGUCCUAUCCCUUCGUCCACGUCAGCCAAGAAUGUGGAUAACCGUGGUAUUGAUGCAGGUAGUGUUAUGGACCCCGACUUAGUAUCGCCUUUGCGGUGUUACCAAGACUUCGAGGGCCCGCAUUUCGUAGAGCCUAUCGUGUCUUUAGCGUCAGUUUGGCAUAGUUUCAACUACCCUUUUGGCUGCUUGGUUCCUCUCUAUCAGUCCGUCAUUCUUUCCAACAUGCGACCGCCUGAGAGCAAGGUGGUGUACACGCCUCUCCUGAGUGGUUUCCGAAUUCGUUUCCACGAUGCCUCGGCCGCCUACGCCAAGCUGCUGGCCUUAAAACGUCGCGAAGGCAACGACCGGCCAAACGGCAAGGCGGGACCCCACUCGUUGCCUUUUUCUCCCUAUGGCAUGAUUCCCUCCGACUCCCCGGGUUUGCUGAGCUGGAGCGCCUCCGAGCGUCCGGACAAUCGUAAUGGGGUGGUAGAGCAGGUGGAGGAGCUCGCGCGGGCGAACGAGGCAUUUCGAACCCUUCUUACCGCCUCAACAGCGGAUGUGGAUCACCAGUCGUGGGUGGCGAUUAUGUGGCAACCCGUCUUCUGUGGGGGUCAUACUGCUAAGCAAAGCUGCGGGACGUUUCUCGCGUUUUAUAUGCUGCGGGCACCACGCCAUAUCUUUAUGCCUUUCACCGACAAGAGCUCCGGAACUUGCAUAAAUAGCUCGUGGGAUAGCCCUAUAUUUCGUGUUGAUAAUGAGAUUCUGUCCUUUGAUAUCUGGAGCUUUAAACGACGUUAUCAUAUCGGUCGCUGCGUGCCUGCUUCUCUUCCAGUGACCAGCGUCAGCGAAGCUAGACAGGUGUCUGUUCCAAAGGAAACUCCAUCAGUUGUCCGCCCCACAGAGAUCGAGGGAAUUGAGGUAACCAAUCCUAUGGAUUCUUUGCGUGAUUCACCUCAGUUUGCUUCCGCCGCGGCUGCCUCAGGGAAAGAUGUGAGGCGGUCUCGAAUGGGGAAUGACGUCGCCGACCUCACCCGAAGCCCCGAUCUCUCCGAUCCGUACGGACCGUUCUCCGCGUCCGCCGGCUUUUCUACGUCUCAAGUGCGUUUACCUCUUAUUGGGCUUAUUUUUAAUCGUUCGCGAUCGGAUGUAUGGUUUUGCCUUUCCACCCCCCCCUCGGCGGAGACGAUGUCCGGCGCCGGGUCCCAUCCCCCGCCUUGCCCUCAACGGAUCUAUCGGGCCCCACUUUUCUUGCUGGUGAGUGCGCUGCGGUUGAUGAGUUGGAAUGCCUUUGAAGAGAAUUGCCGUCUGAAGCGUUUUCAACUUCAAAAAGCGAGCAGAUGUGAUAAGGAGGAGAAUACAAAGCAGCGCCGUGUGGACCGUAAUGACGUAAUGAGCCACACGGCUUGCGGGGAGGAUGGUGGGCACACGGUAAUCGUCCCUUCGGAAAAAGACGAGGACGGCGAAAAGUCAAACAAAAGGCGACUUAUGGAUAUCGGCACCGAUGCCGCCUCAAUGAAUUGCAUGCAGGGUGAAGGGUGGUCAUCUAAAACCCAAUUCCUUCACCCUGUUGAGAUCUCACAUAGCGAAACGGUUCAUAAUGAUGGAGAUCACCUACCUUUGAAUUCCUAUUCGGAUCGCUUUAUGCACCAGAAGGUACAUCCUCAACAUACGCUUUCUCCACUUCACGUCGCGUUGCCUUCUUAUUACAUCAAGGGCAGUGAGUUGUUGGUGAAUGCCGCCCGUCAUUAUCGCACCCUCCGCGAGGCCGCGAUGCUGGACUCAAGCGCUGAGGACGCAGCGGGGUAUACCCACGUCAACGUCCACUCUCAUCUCAGCCCAUUGGCCGGUGGGUUUGAACUAAAUAAGGAGUCUCCAGCAAACGGGGAGGGAAAAGGAUCUGGCCAUUCCGAUCUUCCCCUCCGGGUGGUGGCAGGGGGCACGAACAUCGAGCUCUGUGGGAGUUCUGGUAGUGUAAUCCUGGGAUUGUUGGAUUUCUACCAGUGGGCGCAGCACGACGCCUCGAUUACGGACCUUACAGAGCGGUAUUGCGUGGGCUUUGAUAGGAAGGGAAGGGCCUACAGAAAGAACGGGAAACAUCUUGAGCCACGAUAA